AUGGCAUCACCACGAGUCUAUUCGUCGCCGUAUUUGGUGCCCAGCAUUCCUUCGAACCUGUCGUUCUGGCAAUUCAUUUUGCGCCACAACAUUGACGACACACUGCCCGACAAGGUCAUUCUGCAAGAACAUGAGCGGCCAGAGCGGCAGUUGACGUAUGGAUCCGCCCCCAAACUGGCUGGCCUCGGCGCCGAUGCUCUCCGGGAAGUGCUGGGCUUGACGCAGGGCGACACGAUCCUGAUUGUGGGCAAGAACUCGCUCGACUAUCUGCAGGUCGAGUUUGCGGCUCUGUGGGCAGGCAUCACGGCGGCAUUUGGGAGCCCUACUGCUACCGUUGGCGAUCUCGUCCACUUCAUCGACAUUGUCGAGCCGGCUGUGGUCUUUUGCGAUGCAGGCGACGUCAUGGCGCGGGUUUCUAGAGCCAUCGACCAGGCAAAAUGGACUGGGACAAGGCGGCCUGGCGUCGUAGGCCUCGGCGAACGGGGGACGGCAAAGCUGGCGUUUCCGUCCGAUUUUAUUAACGACACGACCAAAGCAUAUUCACCACCUUUGGACCUCACGAACAUGGACAGCCACACCGUCCCUUCCGUCAUCUGCUUCAGUUCCGGCACCAGCGGUCUACCAAAGGGCGCGGUUCUGAGCCACCGCAACUUGAUUGCCUACCUUCUCGUCUCCCGCAGCACCGAUCCAACCAACGCCUCGGCCAACCAGCGCGAUGUGUUUUAUGCGCCGCUCGGCCAUAUCUAUGGUGUAUUUACCGCCAGUCUCCCUUUGCUGACGGGGGGCUUCGUCCGUCUCUUGCGCAACUACACGCUGCACGACUACGUCAAGGCCUGUGUUGACGUGCGCGCCACGACGCUACGCAUGGUGCCGCCGACGCUCGUGGCCAUGGUCAAGGACCCGUUUGUGCGGCAGCAGAACCUGGCGAGCGUGCGGACCAUCAGCUGCUCAGGCGCGGCGCUUGCGCCAGACAUUAUCAGCGAAGUGCACGAGAUGCUGGGCACAGAGGCAGAUAUUGUGCAGGGAUAUGGGAAAAUACGCUUCGUCGACGACGACCUCAAGGACGUGCCAAACGGCCAGCCCGGCGAGAUCAUGUUCACGGCGCCGACAGUUUUUAUGGGCUAUAAGAAGAACCCGGCGGCCAACGCCGAGGCCUUCCCCGUCAACGACGGCUGGUUGCGCACGGGCGACGUCGGCCGUAUCGACGCCGACGGCUACGUCUGGCUCACAGACCGCAAAAAGGACCUGAUCAAGUACAAGGGCAACCAGGUCACGCCGGCGGAACUUGAAAACGUCCUGCACUCCCACCCGCUCGUCACCGAGGCCGGUGUCUGCGGCACCUGGGACGCCGUCCAAGAGACCGAAGUGCCCGUGGGCUACGUCAACUUUAAGCCCACUGUGUCCGUCGCCGACCGCCCGCGCGUUCUGCGGGACGUUUUGGCGUUUGCCAACAGCAAGGUGGCGCGGACCAAGAAGCUGCGCGGCGGCCUAUUUUAUCUAGAGACUUUCCCGCGCAACGCUACGGGCAAGCUGAUGCGGCGCAGCCUGCCGGCACGUCUCCAGGCCACGCGCAAUGCGAAGCUGUAG